AUGUGCUCUUUGCAUAGAGCUUUGCUUUCUGCUUUGUUGCAGCUGGCCCGGAUUCAGACCGACAGCGUGGUCAAGAUGCUCUGUGAGCUAUACCCCGACCUCCGCUUUGAGAUUGUUGCCAUGUCAACAACCGGAGACAAGAUCUUGGAUACGGCACUUUCCAAGAUUGGGGAGAAGAGCCUCUUCACCAAAGAGCUGGAAAACGCACUUGAAAGAAAUGAAGUUGACCUCGUGGUGCACUCCUUGAAGGACCUACCAACUUCUCUUCCUCCUGGCUUUACCAUCGGCGCUGUCUGCAAAAGGGAAAACCCACUCGAUGCUGUUGUCUUCCAUCCCAAAAACUGUGGGAAAACGCUGAACCUCCUUCCUGAAAAGAGCGUGAUUGGAACCAGCUCGCUUCGGAGAGCAGCCCAGCUCAAAAAGAAGUUCCCUCAUUUAGAAUUCAGGGAUAUUAGAGGGAAUUUAAAUACCCGCUUAAAGAAGCUUGAUGAGAAGGAAGACUUCAGUGCCAUCAUCCUGGCAGCUGCUGGACUGAAGAGAAUGGGCUGGGAGAAUCGCAUCGGCCAGCUCCUCAGCCCUGAAGAUUGUCUGUACGCUGUCGGACAAGGUGCCUUAGCAGUGGAAGUUCGUGCCAAAGACCAAGAGAUACUGAAUAUGGUAUCUGCCCUGCAUGAUGCAGACACCGUGUUAUGCUGCAUUGCUGAGAGAGCCUUUAUGAAACGUUUGGAGGGUGGAUGUAGCGUCCCUGUCGCCGUCAACACCGUGCUGAAAGAUGGCCAGUUGUAUUUGACAGGCGCGGUCUACAGUUUGGAUGGAUCCGAUAGCCUGAGGGAGACUAUGCAGACCAGCGUUAAUUAUUCCCAACAGAACGAAGAUGGACCAAACGAUGACGUGCAGCACGUCGGCAUCACGGCCAAGAAUGUCCCUGGUCAGGCCCAGGAAGCUGCAGAGCACCUUGGUGUUGAACUAGCUAGUUUACUUCUGAGCAAGGGAGCUAAGCAUAUCCUUAGCGUGGCGAGGCAGCUCAACGAUGCCCGCUAAACCUGCGGUGUGGUCGGCACGAUUGCUACAACUCUAACAAGUGUUUGCAGCUAUGCUAUCCUCCUUUGGAGGAAGAGAUUUAUUUAAGUGUUCAUACCGGUCUUACCUGAUGUCUGGGUACAAAAACUUGAAAUACUAAGUUGACUAAUGAGUAGUUUAUGCCGUUCAGGGAUUUCAUCCCUCUGCGUUUCUCUAAAUUAUCUCUGAAGUUUUCUCAACAA